UCUAUAAUACUGUAUCAAUGAUAGUAAAAUAGCACUGAGCCAAUCCCUGCCCUCCCUGAUUUGAAUAUCCCCUCCCCUCUCCCAUCUGUUAUAUGAGCAGCGGCCAACACUAUUGCUCUAUGAGAAAGAAGGAAACUCAGACUCAUUCACACUGGAUUGCUUGACGAUCUGCUUCAACAUGAAGACCCUUCCUGUCAGUUUGCUCCUGGUGCUGUUUACUUGGACCGUGUGUGUGUGGGCUGACAGGGGAAGACAGAAGCGCGCAUGGAUCAUCGAGUCUUUCACUAUUGAGGAAGAACACCCUGGUCCAUUUCCAUAUACACUAGGCAAGAUUAAACUUGAAAAGUCUUAUUUAGUCAGAUACGAGCUAAAGGGUCAGGGUGUGGAUGAAGAGCCAAAGGGUAUUCUCAGUAUUGAUGGAGAUGGUAAGGUUUCAGUAUAUAGAAAGGUGGACUUUGAAAAUAAGCAAGGAAUUAAAGUUCUCAAAUCGACAUUUGAAGCAAUAAACAAUUCAAACAAUGAAGUGGAUACAAGACUCGGGGUCCAUAUCCAAAUAUUGGACAUAAAUGAUCACGCUCCAAAAUUUCAGCAGCCGGUCUAUCAAGUGAAUGUGGAUGAGUCACAUGCUCAAGGUAAAGAUGUACUGACAGUACUGGCAUCUGAUGAAGAUGAUUCAAGUACAAACAAUGGAACGUUUGAUUUAACAAUCAAGUCUUUCACACCAAAACCAGAUAAUGUUGAAUUUUAUAUUCAGCAGCAAAAAGGACAAACUGCCGGGACAGUUUAUUUUAGAGGGUGUUUGAACUAUGAGAAAGCUCAGAAAUAUACAAUCCUUGUUGAAGCAAAGGACAAAGGGGAAAAGAUACAAUUGUCAAGUACAAGUACAGUGAUAAUCAAUAUUUUGGACGAAAACAACAAUCUUCCAGGGUUCUCUGGCAAAACAGGACCUGGGAAGGUCAAGGAGCGAGAAACUGGUGUUGAAGUUCUGCGACUGCAAGUAACAGACAAAGACACCCGUGGUUCAAAAGCCUGGAAAGCCCAAUACACUAUCCAUGGAGAUAAAAAAGAGCAGUUCAAAAUUGAAACAGACCCUAAUACAAACGAGGGGAUUUUAACAGUUGUUAAGCAAAUGGACUAUGAGGAGCAACCAUACCAAAAUCUAUCCAUCAGGGUGCAGAACGAAAUUCCUUACUUUUCAUGUAAGGUCAAAAAGCAAGUACCGAAUGCUAUGUGGGAGCUCGACAAAAUACCCCCAAACUCUGGCAUGAGUGUUGAAAACCUCUAUAAUACCAUUCCAGUGACCAUUUAUGUUGAAGAUGUCAACGACCCUCCGGUAUUUAUACCCUCUGUUAAACAUGUCCACAUAAUGGAGAACAUAGCAGCAGGAACAAGUCUUACAACCUUCACUGCUAAAGACAUGGACGGAAGCCAUAUAAACACAUUUAAAUUUGUUAAAGGUGAAGAUAUUGAUGGAUGGAUAACUGUUGAUGCAAAGACUGGACUAGUAUCCACAAAUAAAAUUCUGGACAGAGAGUCGCCAUUUGGGAUAAACAGCACAUAUAGAGCAACCCUAUAUGUUGUGGAUGAUGGUGUCCCACCGCUGACAGGCACUGGAACUCUAUUUAUUCACCUGAAUGAUCAAAAUGAUAAUGUACCAAUGCUGGAAGUGACCGCACUCAACAUGUGCCUGGAUACAGAGCCCACAGUGGCCAACAUCACAGCUGUAGACCUGGACCUUCCUCCAUACAGUUCACCUUUUCACUAUGAGCUUUUAGGAGAUGUUAAAGACAAAUGGAGAGUUGAACCCACCCAUGGCACAACAGUGAGUCUUGUAAAAGAACACAGUGUGUAUUCAGGUCAUCACCUCCUCCAGAUCAAAAUAUUAGACCAGCAGGGAUUUUCCUCGAUCCAAAACCUAUCAGUCACAGUGUGUGACUGCUCUAUCACUCCCAGCUGCCAUGUCAGGAUGGCUCGGAUGGCUCAAAUGGGACCUGCUGCAGCCUGGAUCGUUGUUCUUACAGUUCUGAUCUUCAUUGCAAUAUGCUUGAUGGUCCUUCUGAUCUCCUGCAAGGCAGAUAAAAUAACGAUUGAAAUGGACGAUGGCGUUGGUCGUCUCAUCAAAACAAAUACGGAAAAUCCAGGAACAGACUGCAUGGAUGUCUUCAUAAAGGUUCCUUCCAGUAUAGGCAUUCAGAAAACAGAUUCUUCCAACGUAAAUACUGGCAUAAAUGAGUCUACAAAUGUAAUUUCAAGCCAGAAGGUCACAUCACAAACCGUGAUACAUAACAAACAGGUGGCUGCACAGCCAGUCUUCACCGACCAGAUGUUCAGACGCUCAAUACAUAGGGUGAGUAUUACAUCCACAGCAAGUUUCCAAAGUUUUGGUCAUUUCAUUGGUUUUGUGAUGGACUGUUUUUCAUACAGAGAAAAUUUCAAACAGCGAUCGAGUAUCAGAUCAAGUGCUUAUUACGGCAAUGUGGCUUACCUGAGCAACAACCUUGCUGUUGUCAUCAACGAGAAACUACUUGCUCUCCAAACCCGUGAUGAGGAGUUUGUUGUCUAUGAGCCGCACUGCUACGCAGAUGAAGGACAAGCUAUGGACAAUGCCGAACUGGAUGCACUCUCUAUUCCAGAGAAUGACUUUGAAUCAAAGAUGCUUAUAAAUCUGGACAACAGGUUCAGUCAACUAGCAAUAAUUUCCAGACCUGACCUGAUGCAAAGGUAACAGUUAUCUCAAGAAGUGUAGCAGAUUUUUUUGAAAACGAGAUACUGAACGAAAACAUGAAAUAUUGAUACAGAAUAUUGGAAGAUAAGGGAUGCUGGGUCAAACAUUCAGGACAAAUGGAACGAGGGUCUUCAAAGAUUUGUCUACUGUAUAAUAGUGUUAACCC